AUGGGGGUGUCUUUCCAUCAGCCCGCCCCAUUCUCCUGCUUUCCAUCACCCUGCCCCAUUCUCCCUCCUUCCAUCACCCCGCCCAAUUCUGCGCUUCCCAUAACCCCAGCCUCAUCUCCCGCUUUCCAUCACCCCGCCACAUUCUCCCAAUUUCCUAUCACCCCGCCCCAUUCUCCCUCCUUCCAUCACCCCGCCCCAUUCUCCCUCCUUCCAUCACCCCGCCCCAUUCUCCCGCUUUCCAUCUCCCCGCCCCAUUCUCCCGCUUUCCAUCACCCUGCCCCAUUCUCCCGCUUUUCCAUCACCCCGCCCCAUUCUUCCGCUUCCCAUCAUCCCGCCCCCAUUCCCCCGCUUUCCAUCACCCUCCCCAUUCUCCCACUUUCCAUCACCCCGCCCCAUUCUUCUGCUUUCCAUCACCCCGCCCUGUUCUCGCGCUUUCCAUCACCCCACACCAUUCACCCGUUUUCCAUCACCCGCCCCAUCUCCCGCUUUCCAUCACCCCGCCCCAUUCUCCCGCUCUCCAUCAACCCGCCCCAUUCUCCCGCUUUUCAUCACCCCGCCCCAUUCUCCCGCUUUCCAACACCCCUCCCCAUUCUCCCGCUUCCAUCACACCGCCCCAUUCUCCCGCUCUUCCAUCACCCCGCCCCAUUGUCCCGCUUUCCAUCACUCCGCCCCAUUCUCUCGCUUUCCAUCACCCCACCCCUUCUCCCCGCUUUCCAUCACCCCGGCCCAUUCUCCCUCCUUCCAUCACCCUGCCUCAUUAUCCCUCCUCCAUCACCCCCGCCCCCAUGCUCCCGCUUUCCAUCACCCCCGCCCCAUUCUCCCGCUUUCCAUCACCCAGCCCCAUUCUCCGCUUUUCCAUCACCCCGCCCCAUUUUCCCGCUUUCCAUCACCCCGCCCCGUUCUCCGCUUUCCAUCACCCUUCCCCAAUCCCCCGCUUUCCAUCACCCCGCCCCAUUCUCCCUCCUUCCAUCACCCCGCCCAAUUUCUCCGCUCUCUCACCCAUUCUCCCGCUUUCCAUCACCCGCCCCAUUUCUCCGCUUCCAUCACCCCCGCCCCAUUCUUCCCGCUUUCCAUCACCCCGCCCCAAUCUCCCGCUUUCCAUCACCCUGCCCCAAUCUUCCGCUUUUCCAUCACCCCGCCCCAUUCUCCCUCUUUCCAUCACCCCGCCCCAUUCUCCCGCUUUCCAUCACCCCGCCCCAUUCUCCCGUUUCCAUCACCCGCCCCAUUCUCCCGCUUUCCAUCACCCCGCCCCAUUCUCCGCUUCCAUCACCCCGCCCCAUUCUCCCGCUUUCCAUCACCCGCCCCAUUCUCAGCUUUCCAUCACCCCGCCCCAUUCUCCCUCCUUCCAUCACCCCGCCCCAUUCUCCCGCUUUCUAUCACCCCGCCCCAUUCUCCUCCCUUCCAUCACCCCGCCCCAUUCUCCCUCCUUCCAUCACCCCGCCCCAUUCUCCCGCUUUCCAUCACCCCGCCCCAUUCUCCCGCUUUCCAUCACCCCGCCACAUUCUCCCGCUUUCCAUCACCCCGCCCCAUUCUCCUUCCUUCCAUCACCCCGCCCCAUUCUCCCUCCUUCCAUCACCCCGCCCCAUCCUCCCGCUUUCCAUCAGCCGCCCCAUUCUCCCGCUUUCCAUCACCCCGCCCCAUUCUCCCGCUUUCCAUCACCCGCCCCAUUCUCCCGCUUUCCAUCACCCCUUCCCAUUCUCCCGCUUUCCAUCACCUCGCCCCCUCCCUCCUUCCACCACCCCGCCCCAUUCUCCCUCUUCCAUCACCCUGCCCCAUUCUCCCGUUUUUCCAUCACCCCGCCCCAUUCUCCCGCUUUCCAUCAACCCGCCCCCUUUCUCCCGCCUUUCCAUCUCCCCGCCCCCAUUCUCCCGCUUUCCAUCACCUAGCCCCAUUCUCCCGCUUCCAUCACCCCGCCCCAUCUUCGCGCUUUCCAUCACCCUGCCCCAAUCUCCCGCUUUCCAUCACCCUGCCCCAAUCUUCCGCUUUCCAUCACCCCGCCCCAUUCUCCCUCAUUCCAUCACCCCGCCCCAUUCUCCCGCUUUCCAUCACCCCGCCCCAUUCUCCCGCUUCCAUCACCCCGCCCCAUUCUCCCGCUUUCCAUCACCCCGCCCCAUUCUCCCGCUUUCCAUCACCCCGCCCCAUUCUCCCUCCUUCCAUCACCCCGCCCCAUUCUCCCGCUUUCCAUCAUCCCGCCCCAUUCUCCCUCCUUCCAUCACCCCGCCCCAUUCUCCCUCCUUCCAUCACCCUGCCCCAUUCUCCGCUUUCCAUCACCCGCCCCAUUCUCCGCUUUCCAUCACCCUGCCCCAAUCUCCGCUUUCCAUCACCCCGCCCCAUUCUCCCUCUUUCCAUCACCCCGCCCCAUUCUCCCGCUUUCCAUCACCCCGCCCCAUUCUCCCGGUUCCAUCACCCUGCCCCAUUCUCCCGCUUUCCAUCACCCCGCCCCAUUCUCCCGCUUUCCAUCACCCCGCCCCAUUCUCCGCUUUCCAUCACCCCGCCCCAUUCUCCAGCUUUCCAUCACCCCGCCCCAUUCUCCCUCCUUCCAUCACCCCGCCCCAUUCUCCCCGCUUUCUAUCACCCCGCCCCAUUUCCCUCCUUCCAUCACCCCGCCCCAUUCUCCCUCCUUCCAUCACCCCGCCCCAUUCUCCCGCUUUCCAUCACCCCGCCCCAUUCUCCCGCUUCCCAUAA